AUGGAUCGAUUUGUUAUAAACUAAAAGUGCUACUUUUCAAAUCCUUUGAGUGAAUUAUAAAAAUAAACUCUUGAUGACACAGUAAUUGAUGAACCCUCAGAAAAUUUUGAAACAAGGUCUUCUUACAAUUAGAUUGUCAUAAUUCAAUCUCUUCAUUCUAAAACUAUAAUCGAAAAUUUUCAAGAUAAAAGAGGACAUACAAAAUCAUGGAGGGAUAAUUUUACUUGGCUUUGA